CCGUCAUCACCAUCACCCACCAUCAGCCGCCAAAGAUCACGAAAGCGACGCGCACACCCCAAGAAAGGGCGGCUCCCCACUCCGCCUCGCCGCACCCCUUUCGGCCUUUCUUCCUCCCCCACCUCUUGCUCGCGUCCCAGCUCCCAACACCAGUACACCACGCGCCGGCUGCGAGCGAUGCCCGCGAUCCCAACGGCCCCCGCCCCCUGCCCCGUGCGCUUCCUCCUCGCCCGCCGCCACAGCCUCCACAUCUCCUACCCGUCGCCUUGCUCUAACCACCAGCGGCUCCCGCCCCGCCUCCUGCGCCUGCCCGCUCGCCCCCGGGCCGCUCCCAUGUCGGCCGAGGCGCGGGCACCCGCGUCUCCGGUGGCGCCGCCGGCGCACCCCACUUACGACCUCAGGGCCGUCAUCGCGCUCGCCCUCGCAGAGGACGCCGGCGACCGAGGGGAUGUAUCCUGUUUAGCCACCAUACCUUCUGAUGUCGAAGCCGAAGCCACAUUUAUUGCUAAAGCAGAUGGUGUCAUUGCUGGAAUAAGCCUAGCAGAUAUGAUAUUUAACCAGGUUGAUCCAUCUUUGAAGGUCGAAUGGUUUGAAAGUGAUGGCAAUUUUGUCCACAAAGGACUGCAGUUUGGAAGAGUAUAUGGGUGUGCCCGCAGCAUCAUCGUUGCUGAAAGGGUUGUGCUAAAUUUCAUGCAGCGGAUGAGUGGCAUUGCGACCCUAACAAAGGCUAUGUCUGAUGCUGCCCGUCCAGCAUGCAUAUUGGAAACAAGGAAAACUGCUCCAGGUUUACGUCUGAUUGACAAGUGGGCAGUACUGAUUGGUGGCGGAAAGAACCACAGGCUUGGUUUAUUUGAUAUGGUUAUGAUAAAAGAUAAUCAUAUUUCUGUUGCCGGUGGGAUUGCAAAUGCAAUGAGAUCUGUUGAUCAAUUCCUGCAGAAGGAAAAACUCACAAUUCCUGUCGAGGUCGAGACAAGGACAAUCGAAGAAGUGAAAGAUUUGUUGAAGUACGCUGCUGAGAACAAAACUUCAUUGACCCGUAUAAUGUUGGACAAUAUGGUUGUUCCUCUUGGAAAUGGAGAUUUAGACGUUUCAAUGCUUAAAGAUGCAGUUCGGUUGAUAAACGGUAGAUUUGAGACUGAGGCGUCUGGAAAUGUGACAGUUGAUACAGUGAAGAAAAUCGGAGAAACGGGAGUCACCUAUAUUUCAAGUGGAGCAUUAACGCACUCUGUGACGGCGCUUGACAUCUCUCUCAAGAUAGACACCGAGCUGGCUCUUCAGGUUGGAAGACGCACAAAUCGUGCUUGACUCCCACAGCAUUACGUUGUGGACGCAACGCACGCAAGAUGACAGAGGGACCAGCGUGGCAAACCAGCUUAAAUAGCUUAAUAAUAACUUGGCGCUGAGGCCUCUGACUGCAACUACGUGGGAUUCAUUCUUCAGUUUCAUGCACAAACGACCGCAAUAUUGAUCGGAUCAGAAUAAUUGGCAGGACAUACAGGUUUUGUUCUAGCACCAAGUUUGGGAGCUUGCGUUCUGCGGCAGAUAGGCAGGCCAGGUAGGUGUACCUCCUCCUGGGCCCAGCCACAGCUCGACAGCAGGUACCAGGUAGGUCUACUGUAAACGGGGGAUGUCGCACUGAACUCGCAAUACCAAAGACAAAAUAACAAAAGGUGGAGAUAAGAUGCUUAUCUUACUGCCAUUGGUGAUAAAAGCAACGUCAACUCACAUCUAUUAUUUAUUGUAUCGUUCCAUCAUCACUUCCAGAAUCCAUUUGUAUACAGUGUAUACGACCGGUUUGCUCGCUCUUUGGAAGAGAAAGAGCCACA